AUGGCCAUAAUCGGGAAUAAAUGCGACAUGGAACAUCAGAGAACGGUUAAGAGGGACAAAUCUCAUCGAUUUGCCGCCGAAAGUGGCUUUCACUACCACGACAUGUCAGCCAGAACUGGCGAAGCGGUGUCAUUAUCACUGGUGACCCUCGCAUCGAAAAUCUUGGGCGUACGACUCACUAAAAUCGAUCAAGAUUUCCACAGACCAAUCAUUACCGCGGAAAUCGGCGACACGGUCGACGUGCCGAUAACGAAGAAUCGCAAGGCAAUCAAGAGAAAACCGAACAAAAAGCAGUCAACGAUUCAUCAUUUCAAACCAAACCUUCCGGCAGCAAAAUCGGUCACGUGCUCUCUCCAGUAA